UCUUGUAGUGGACGUCAUUGUUCGGCUACCCCUGUUAAUAAUAGCUAGCAGGCUGCAAAGGCUGUUUUGGCUACACUACUUGUAAGCAAGUAAAAUAAGAAUACAAUAUACUUUUGGAAAGCUUGAAUACAGAGAUGAGUAAAAGGAAAGCGCCACAGGAAUCCCCAAACGAGGGAAUAACAGACUUUCUUACCGGUAAGCCAAGAGGCGUGCUAGCUAGCUAACGACAGCUGGCUAGCUCAUAAUUGAUAGGUUAGCUAGCUAGCUUCUUUGCUAGCUAUCUUCAUUUGCAACCAAAUAUCGCAACGUAAUAUUGAUAGCUUUUUACUAGCUAGCAAUGAAACACGAAUGCAAACUUGCUAGUAGUAUGGUAGCUAGAUUGAGCUUUUAGUUCGAUCUUUAAAAUCUAACCCCUAGUCGUCCUUGUAACGUUAGCUGUGUGUGUAUGAUGCUGGCUGUGUCAAACUCGUCACACAUUUAAAAAACCUUUGCACAGCCUGUCAUUGGUGACAUAGAAUGUGAGCAUGUGUGGUGCUCAUGGUUAAUAGCCUGUUAAUCUCCAAUAUUAUCUGUUAGAGUUUGUUUCUUCCAUAUGCGAAGCCUGUGAGUGAGUGUGCUAUUGUAUCUGUUUCUUUCUCUCCCAGAAUUGGCCAACUAUGAGAGGAAUGUCAACAGAGCUAUACACAAGUACAAUGCCUACAGGUAAGAGGUAGUGUAGUGUAGUGUAGUGAGGGAUGAGUGUCCCUUCACAACAGGCAUCUGUAUAAGUUAUUUGUCUGGCUCCAUACAAACAUAUCUUUUUUUUGUUUAUGCCCCGUUUACUCCCUCAAUUACUGUAAAUAACUUUAUCUGUGUUGUGCCACUGUGCUCUUCAGGAAAGCAGCUUCAGUGAUCUCCAAGUACCCCCAGAAGAUCAAAAAUGGGGAAGAGGCCAAGAAACUGGUGAGGGCAUAAGUGAUGAGAGAGAAACAGAUGUCACAGACAGUACAGUGCUGUUAGAGCGGUGGUCAAUUGUAGUUGAUUGACUUGAAAGCUCAUCUGAUUACAGCCAAUGCUCACUGGUGAAGUACCAUAACAAUACAUCAUUAUACUUUCUAUUGUGUUAAUCUAUUUUAAAUAGGAUGGAGUUGGAAAAGAGAUCGCUAAGAAGAUAGAUGAGUUUUUACAAACAGGAACACUUAAGAAGUUGGAAAAGGUGAGUGUUUGAGGGAUGCAAGGACAGUGAACUCUGCCGUCUCACUUCUUUGUCCCCUGUGACCACAAUACAAAAUGCACAAAUAACCUUUUAAAGAUGAUUAUUAUAUUAUUAAUUUCACUCAGUUUGAUGCAGGCUAAUGGAUUGUUUAUCUUCCCAGAUUCGUAAUGAUGACACCAGCUCCUCCAUCAAUUUCCUUACAAGAGUCACUGGUAUUGGGUAUGUCUUCUGUAUUGUUUGUUAAACCCAAUCCCUGAACCUAGCCCCUGGGUGGAGAGCUACCGUUCUGCAUGACUUUGUUCCAGCCAUUAUUUAAGACACCUGAGCAGUUAACUAUUUCUUCCUCCUCCACUAGUCCUGCUGCUGCCAGAAAGUUCUUUGAUGAGGGAGUGAAGACUCUGGAAGGUUUGCCCAACUUUUAAAGCUAUUUUUUACAUUUAGAAGAAUAUACCAGAGUAGCCUGCAGUGCAUAUGGUAAAGGGGUUGAGGAUAUGUAGGAAUGCCAUACAAUUUCAAAAGGAACUUCAAUUGUUAUUAGACUACAUUAACACUGUUGUGAUUUUUAGAUUUGAAGAAAAUUGAACACAAGCUCAAUCAUCAUCAGCAGAUUGGACUCAAGUAAGUAUGGAUUUCCUAUGUCAGUUGCUCAGUCUGCAUGCACCAAUGUAAGUGUUUUGCUAAUGUUCUAUGUGCAUCAUUGGUUGGUGACUCAUACAUUCCAAUGUAAGUUUCCUUUGCAUGCUUGGUGGCUUGUGGGUGACGCUGCUCUGUGCCCGCUGUAGGUACUUUGAGGAGUUUGAGAAGAGGAUUCCACGAGCUGAGAUGACGAAGAUGGAGGUGAGGUGAAAUUACUAUUGUGAGAGAAAACAAUUCUGAUUGCAUUUUUUGAAGUGGUUAGAAUGGCAUGUAUUUACUCUUACCGCUGUCUUACGCUUCUUGUGUGUUUGUCCAGACUCUCAUUCUGCAGGAGCUGGAGUUGGUGGAUACUGAGUACAUUGGGACAAUCUGUGGAAGCUACAGGAGAGGGGAGUCCACCAUGUACUUGGUGGUUUUUACUAUUACUAACUCUGUGUGUACUGUUUACAUGUGCAAUUUUCAUGUAUGAUCAAGGAAGUGAUUGCACUGGGAAGACCAAUUUUUAUGCAUGUGAUUUUCUUCUUCUUCUUUGAGGUCAUUUCUUCAUUAUUGAUCUGUUCCUGCAUUCCCUCCUGCAGGUGCUGAAUCCAGUGGGGAUAUUGAUAUCUUGCUGACCCACCCAAACUACACCUCUGUGGAUGAGAAACAGGUAACUACCAAACUCCACAAUGCCAACUGCUGCUUUGGCAUUAUAUUGAUUUAAAAUAUACUAAGCAUUGGAGGCUCCUCAGAGGAGGAAGGGGAGAACCAUCCUCCUCAGUGAAUUUAAUACAAAUAGUGAAACAUUUUAAAGUUAUCCUUUUUAGAUAAAACUAUACAAAAUAUAUUCACGUCACCAAAUAAUUGAUUAAAAUGUAAUGAAAGUCUGCAGUAGCCUCAACAGCACUCUGUAGGGUAGAACCAUGGUGUAGCCGGAGGACAGCUAGCUUCCGUCCUCCUCUGGGUACAUUGACUUCAAUACAAAACCUAGGAUGCUCAUGGUUCUCUGCCCCUUCCAUAGACUUACACAGUAAUUAUGACAACUUCUGGAGGACAUCCUCCAACCUAUCAGAGGUCUUGCAGCAUGAACUGACAUGUUGUCCACCCAAUCAAAGGAUCAGAGAAUGGAUCUAGUACUGAAGCAUAAGCUACAGCUAGCUAGCACUGCAGUGCAUCAAAUGUGGUGAGUAGUUGACUCAAAGGUUUGGCGGAUGCCAGGGGAAUGCAUAGUGCCUACUGUAAAGUUUUGUGGAGGAGGAAUAAUGGUCUGGGGCUGUUUUUCAUGGUUCGAGCUUAGUUCCAGUGAAGAGAAAUCUUAACGCUACAGCAAACAAUUACAUUCUAUACGAUUCUGUGCUUCCAACUUUGUGGCAACAGUUUGGGGAAGGCCCUUUCCUGUUUCAGUAUGACAAUGCCCCCGUGCACAAAGUGAAGUCCAUACAGAAAUGGUUUGUCAAGAUCGGUGUGGAAGAACUUGACUGGCCUGCAAAGAGCCCUGACCUCAACCCCAUCGAACACCUUUGGGAUGAAUUGGAACGCUGACUGCGAGCCAGGCCUAAUCGCCCAACAUAAGUUCCCGACCUCACUAAUGCUCUUGAAGGCUGAAUGGAAGAAUGUCCCCGCAGCAAUGUUCCAACAUCUAGUGGAAAGUCUUAUCAAAAGUGAAGGCUGUUAUAGCAGCAAAGGGGGGACCAACUCCAUAUUAAUUCCCAUGAUUAUGGAAUGAGAUGUUCGACGAGCAGGUGUCCACAUACUUUUGGUAGUGUAUGAAGGUUUGGCUUGGUCACAGACAGCUAAUGUGUUGUGCAUUGAAGUCCACAAGCGAAGGGAAAAGGUGAGAGGAGGAGUGCGUGUAGAUGCGAGAAGGAAUACAAUGAGCUGUUUGUAUGUGGCUAUGAAGUGAACUGUUUGCGUGUGAUCAGCAGUGUAUUCAUUCUGCUGAUUCUGUUGGGAAAAAAAAUCUUAAACGGAAGCAAAUGGAACGAAACGGGGAUAAACAUACAUUAAUUUGUCCAAUAGAAACUCUCAUUUGCAACUGUUGGACUAAUGAUUACACCCUAUGUCAGCUAGAUGCAGGCAAGAGUGUGCAAGGCGGUAUUGAAUGUGUCACUGUCUGUCACUCCAAAUAUUUCUCUCAACCUGUGUGCACCUAUGUUGAAUUCCUAUGCUAGGUUGUAGCAACCUCAUGAUGGGUAUAGGGAAAAUUUCAGUAUCAUGUAGUAACAUAAACCUGUCGACGUUAAACUGGGUGAAUGGAAUAUGAAUGACAGUCAUCCAAUAUGCUGUAAUAGAAAAAAGGCCAAGCUCAUUAAAGAAAUGAGCGUCCUCCCUCAUCUUAAACGGCACUGACCACCACUGAUACUAAGGUACAGUUGACUCCUUAGUGCAAUCUCCAUUUAAGUGCUUAACAGUUUACUAGUCUAAAUAUGAAUACAUUGUUAUUUGCUAUGGAUAACAUGAUGCUCUGGUUUAGUGCAUGCAUUAAUGACAGUCCAAAGGCAUUGCAUUCAACAGAAGAUACCUCUUAUGACUUGCAUAUGCUCAUAACAUCCUUUCUUUGCUCUUCCUCUUCCAGCCCAAACUUCUCCAUGCCGUGGUGGAGCAUUUUGAAUCCAUUGGGUUCAUUACAGACACACUGUCCAAAGGAGACACCAAAUUCAUGGUGAGUACUGCUUGUGGCUAGCUAGCUGCAAGGAAUGUUGCUUAAUCUGUCUAGUAACUAAGAUGUUUUAUGUUGUCAUUGGUGAUGUAUUUUGUGCAGCAAGGGUCUGUACUUCACUAAAUUGGAAGCAACCGUUGAAGCAGAUGGCUCACAGGUUAUUUUUGUGAUCGUUGCUCUCUCUGAGGUCUGUCAGCAGAAUUAGUCUAAUCAGUCAGAAAGUUGAUCUAUUCAAUCUUUAUUUAGCUAGGAAUGUCUCCUACCCCGCAACCACCUGGUCAUUGAUAUGAUAUGUCUCUAGGGAGUCUGCCAGCUGCAGCAGAAUGAUGAAGACGAGGAGGAAUAUCUUCACAGACGCAUUGAUAUCAGGUUGGUAGCUAAUUGGCUAGUUACCUCCACAAAUGCACCUCAUCACAUGUGGUUCUGUUGCCUGGAGGAUGGUCAGAUGGAGCACUUUCAACGACAUUUGAUUAUCUUUUCGUUCACCUUGCUAUAACAGAAAUACAAUUUCCCUUAUCUCACUGCAGGUUAAUUCCUAAGGACCAGUAUUACUGUGGUGUGCUGUAUUUCACUGGCAGUGACAUCUUCAAUAAGAACAUGAGAACUCAUGCUCUGGAGAAAGGCUUCACCCUCAACGAGUACACCAUCCGGCCAGUGGGGGUCACUGGUGAGUCAUGCUGAAAGAUCAGCAGUCAAAUCAACCCCUUGCCCCUAUUCCUAGACCAGGGGUGUCAAACAUACGGGAUGCGAGCCGAUAAAAUGUGGCUCACGUUUUGAGUAAAAAAAAAUGGAAUGUAGAUAUAAUCUAAAAACAAUUGCCAAAUAUUUGCACAUUUUGACGGCGAGGAAAUAUAAACAAUUUUGUGCGGCUCUAUGGACCUCGGUGAAGAAAUGAAAUACAGAAAUAUCUAAUUUACUUAAGUAUACACGCCCCUGAGUCAGUACAUGUUAGAAUCAUCUUUGGCAGCAAUUACAGCUGUGAGUCUUUCUGGGUAAGUCUCCAAGAGCUUUGUACACCUGGAUUGUACAAUAUUUGCACAUUCUAUUUUAAAUUCUUCAAACUCUGUCAAAAAGUUGGUUGUUGAUCAUUGCUAGACAGCCAUUUUCAAGUCUUUCCAAAGAUUUUAAAGCCGAUUUUAGUCAAAACUGUAACUAGGCCACUCAGGAACAUUUACUGUCUUCUUGGUAAGCAACUCCAGUGUAUAUUUGGCCUUGUGUUUUAGGUUAUUGUCCUGCUGAAAGGUACAUUUGUCUCCCAGUGUCUGUUGGAAACAGACUGAACCAGGUUUUCUUCUAGAAUUUUGCAUGUGCUUAGCUUUUCCGUUUCUUUUUAUAAAAACUCCCUAGUCCUUGCCGAUGAAAAGCAUACCAAUAACAUGAUGCAAUCACCACCAUGCUUGAAAAUAUGAAGUGGUACUCGGUGAUGUGUUGGAUUUCCUCCAAAAAUAAUGCUUUGUAUUUGGGACAUAGUUCAUUUCUUAAACAAAUUUUUUGCCGUUUUACUUUAGUGUCUUACUGAAAACUGGAUGCAUGUUUUGGAAUAUUUGUUAUUAUGUACAGGCUUCCUUCUUUUCACUCUGUCAUUUAAGUUAGUGUCGUGGAGUAACUACAAUGUUGUUGAUCCAUCCUCAGUUUUCUCCUAUCACAGCCAUUUUAACUCUAACUGUUCUAAAGUCACCAUUGGCCUCAUGGUGAAAUCCCUGAGUGGUUUCCUUCCUCUCCGGCAACUGAAUUAGGAAAGGACGCCUGUAUCUUUGUAGUGACUGGGUGUAUUGAUACACCAUCCAAAGUGUCAUUAAUAACUUCACCCUGCUCAAAGGGAUAUUCAAUGUCUGCUUUAUUUUAUUUUUACCAAUCUACCAAUAGGUGCCCUUCUUUACGAAGCAUUGUAAAACCUCCCUGGUCUUUGUGGUUGAAUCUGUGUAUGAAAUGUACUGCUCGACUGAGCGACCUUACAAUUAUCUGUAUGUGUGGGGUACAGAGAUGAGGUAGUCAUUCAAAAAUUAUGUUAAGCACUAUUGCACGCAGAGUGAAUCCAUGCAAUUUAUUAUGUGACUUGUUAAGCACAUUUUAACUCCUGAACGUAUUAUUUAGGCUUGCCAUAACAAAGGGGUUGAAUACUUGUUAACUCAAGACAUUUCAGCUUUUCAUUUUGAAAUUUGAUUUGUAAAUACAUAAUUCCACUUUGACAUUAUGAGGUAUUGUAUGUAGGCCAGUGAAUACUUUCGGAAGGCAUGCAGUGAAUCCUUAAGAUCCAAGUGUCUAGAGGUUGGUUUUGUAUUAGGCACCUGUAUCUUAUUUACUGAAAUUCAGCAACGUAUCCAUCUCUCCGUCAUUAACUGUUGGGUUAGCCAACUGUUUAAAGUGACUUUUAAACAGCAAAGGUAGUUAAUGUCUGUUUCUGUGGUUGUAGGUAUGGCUGGGGAGCCUCUGAUGGUGGACAGUGAGAAGGAUAUCUUUGACUACAUCCAAUGGAAAUACAGAGAGCCCAAAGAACGCAGCGAGUGAAAGAAGGGAUGAAAGACACUUGAUCCCCACAUUAUUUAACUGCAAACAAGGCUGAAAAUUAUGUAGGUGUUUGUCUUAGGGUUUCUUUUUAUUUUGGUGUCUGUUUUCACAGGAGGGAAAAAUAGGACAACCUUGUUGUUGGUCUUUAAGUUGUUCUGAGGUUUCUCCCACAGAUUGACCGAACAUUUAUAAUUUCAAAUAUACAGUUGAAGUCGGAGGUUUACAUACACUUAGGUUGGAGUCAUUAAAACUCGUUUUUGAACCACUCCACACAUUUCUUGUUAACAAACUAUAGUUUUGGCAAGUCGGUUAGGACAUCUACUUUGUGCAUGACACAAGUCAUUUUUCCAACAAUUGUUUACAGACCAAUAAUUCACUAUCACAAUUCCAGUGGGUCAGAAGUUUACAUACACUAAGUUGACUGUGCCUUUAAACAGCUUGGUAAAAAAAAUGUCAUGGCUUUAGAAGCUUCUGAUAGGCUAAUUGACAUCAUUUGAGUCAAUUGGAAGUGUACCUGUGGAUGUAUUUCAAGGCCUACCUUCAAACUCAGUGCCUCUUUGCUUGACAUCAUGGGAAAAUCAAAAGGAAUCAGCCAAGACCUCAGAAGAAAAAAUGGUAGACCUCCACAAGUCUAGUUCAUCCUUGGGAGCAAUUUCCAAACGCCUGAAGGUACCAUGUUCAUCUGUGCAAACAAUAGUACGCAAGUAUAAACACCAUGGGACCAUGCAGCCGUCAUACCGCUCAGGAAGGAGACGCGUUCUGUCUCCUAGAGAUUAACGUACUUUGGGGUGAAAAGUGAAAAUCAAUCCCAGCACAACAGCAAAGGACCUUGUGAAAAUGCUGGAGGACACGGGUACAAAAGUAUCUAUAUCCACAGUAAAAUGAGUACUAUAUCGACUUAACCUGAAAGGCCGCUCAGCAAGGAAGAAGCCACUGCUCCAAAACCGCCAUAGAAAAGCCAGACUACGGUUUGCAACUGCACAUGGGGACAAAGAUUGUACUUUUUGGAGCAAUGUCCUCUGGUCUGAUGAAACAAAAAUAUAACUGUUUGGCCAUAAUGACCAUCGUUAUGUUUGGAGGAAAAGGGGGAAGGCUUGCAAGCCGAAGAACACCAUCCCAACCGUGAAGCACAGAGGUGGCAGCAUCAUGCUGUGGGGGUGCUUUGCUGCAGGAGGGACUGGUGCACUUCACAAAAUAGAUGGCAUCAUGAGGAAGGAAAAGUAUGUGGAUAUAUUGAAGCAAUAUCUCAAGACAUCAGUCAGGAAGUUAAAGCUUGGUCACAAAUGGGUCUUCCAAAUGGACAAUGACCCCAAGCAUACUUCCAACGUUGUGGAAAAAAGGCUUAAGGACAACAAAGUAAAGGUAUUGGAGUGGCCAUCACAAAGCCCUGACCUCAAUCCUAUAGAACAUUUGUGGGCAGAACUGAAAAGCGUGUGCGAGCAAGGAGGCCUACAAACCUGACUCAGUUACACCAGCUGUCUGGAGGAAUGGGCCAAAAUUCACCCAACUUAUUGUGGCAAGCUUGUGGGAGGCUACCUGAAACGUUUGACCCAAGUUAAAGGCAAUGCUACCAAAUACUAAUUGAGUGUAUGUAAACUUCUGACCCACUGGGAAUGUGAUGAAAGAAAUAAAAGCUGAAAUAAAUCUCUACUAUUAUUCUGACAUUUCACAUUCUUAAAAUAAAGUGGUGACCUUAACUGACCUAAAACAGGGAAUUUUUACUAGGAUUAAAUGUCAGGAAUUGUGAAAAACUGCAGUGUAUGUAAACUUCUGACCUCAACUGUACUUGCAAACACUCUAACUCUUGUCAUGCAUUAUCUGUUUUUUGAUGACAUUGCCAGAGAUUUCUACUCUCUGACAAUGCCAAGACAUUAUUUGUUUACAGUGCUAUCACUCAGCAGAAUCAUGCAAAUAUAUUUUAAUUGUGCUAAAAUAACUUGUGUGUCGAACAGCAACACAGUGUGUCAGUCUGUUACUGCUUUGUCACUGUCUUGUUUGGCUAGCUAGGCAACAAUGAUGCCUUGACUGCAGAAACAGACUGGUAACCAGGCUAAAGCAUAUGGCUACUGUUAGGACAAUGCCAGAUCUUUUUAGUAUGCCUGACUAGUCACUCCUGC